AUGAAUGGAAGCCCGAGUAUCAUCGUCCAGGACAACAGCACCAGGUCCCAAGUCGAGGUAGUUCAACCUAGGCCAAGUCAAUAUGUUCUACACAGCAGCCUUUGCGAGCUCUCCCAUCUCCCAACCUCCCUCUCUGAAUACUUCUUCCGCGAGGUAAUCACGCUGUACUGUACAUGGGAUAGCAAGACAAACGUGAUGCGCAACAUCGUCGAGACAAUGUGGCAGUCCUCCGGCGCUUUGUACCACACCAUCCAGAGCAUGGCCGCAGCCUGUCUAUCAGAAGACUUUCCGCACCUGCUGCCCGUCGCCCGAAGGGAACACGGCAACGCCCUCAGACUCAUCCGUGAUCGCCCUCCAGCGCUACCUUCAUCAACUUCAAUGACCACAACACACAAGAGGGCCAUGUUGCUCUCAUCAACGCUCCUCGGCCAUACCUCGAGCUGGCUCAGCCCUCAGAACCUCGCAACAGACAUGUUCAGAGCGAGCUGUAGCAUGCUCAAGGAUGUCUCCGCCGAGACGAGCAGUGAUGCAGACGCCGUUCUAUCCUUCUUCAGCGAUACUAUGGACUACUGGGCCAUGCUCCUCGCCUACCUAACAGACAGCAACCAACUAGGCGACUAUCACCACACCAACUCCAUCGGCCCCACGGACCCAUCAAAGUCCAUCGAGCCUCAUCCUUACUCUGGUAUAUCCCACGCCACCGUCCGACUGCUAACCGACACGGGCAUCCUCAUCUUUCAGUACCGGAAACACAUGGCCACCGUCAAAUUUCUCACCGAGACGGACCUAGACGUCUUCCGCGCCGCACUGCGCUCCGCAAGGAAACUCGAGCGCGCGCUACUGGCGCACCGCCCGCCUGACCUAUCUCGCGUUACGGAUCCGGGUGAUCCCAAGACACCGCUACGGCACCUGGAGCUUAUCGACGAGGCGUACCGGUGUACGGGUCUCCUACAGCUGUACCGCGUAUUUCCGGAUUUGUUGAACGAGCGGUAUGCACCGUGGGACAGGGAGCGGCUGCUUCGUCCGGUGCCGAUAUCCGAGGCCAUGACUGGAGGACUAGAUGGCAAUAAGGUUCCCUCGGCAAGAGAGAGGAGGACGUGGUUGACGAAGCUGGCGAUGUAUAUCCUCGGUAUAUUACGGGAUAUACCCUUUGAGUCGCGGACGCGAAGUGCGCAGCCAUUCAUCAUGGUGGCGAUCUCGAGCGAGUUGAGGAGGGAGCCGCAGCAUCUACGACAGCCGGAUGAUGCAUGUAGUGACGUGGGGCCGGAUGUGUUGGAUAUCGAUCCCGCGUCUAUCGAAGUGGCGAGGGCGCGCAAGUUUGUGCGGUCGCGGCUGGCGGCUUACACGCACAUUUUGCCGCUCCGCAAGAGUCGAGUUAUAGCCGAGUUGAUUGAUCAUACGUGGGCGGCACUGGAUGCUGGUGAGGAGGACGUGUAUUGGCUGGAUGUCGCUCGCGAGAAGAAUCUUGGGACAAUGAUGGGCUAG